UCAAGAUUGGAUCCAAUCCAACUUCCAAGCCAAUACAGAAUAACUGAUGGGCAUGACUCUGGAGAUAAAACAAAUUUGAAAUUGAAGACAAAAAGUGAAAGAGAAAAAGAUGAACACUGUAAAGUACAACCUCAAGUACCUGUCGCUGGGCAUCCUGAUCGUCCAGACGACGACCCUCGUCUUGACCAUGAGGUACUCCAGGACCGUCGAGUCGGAGGGACCACGCUACCUCAGCUCCACGGCCGUUGUCAUGGCCGAGUGCAUGAAGAUAGUGGCCUGUAUAUUGCUUGUAUACUUCCAAGAGGGAGGCAGAACGAUCGAAGGCUUUUCAAAAGUGAUCAGAGAAGAAAUCAUCAACAGCCCUAUGGACUGUCUCAAAUUGGCAAUCCCAGCCGGUCUCUACACACUCCAGAACAAUCUGCUCUUCCUUGCGCUCUCCCAUCUGGACGCAGCCACAUACCAGGUGACCUACCAGUUAAAGAUCCUUACAACGGCCAUGUUUUCAGUGUUCAUGCUGGGGAAGCAAUUGAAUGCAUCAAAGUGGAUAUCCCUGAUCCUAUUAAUGGCUGGAGUAGCCCUGGUUCAAAUGCCCUCAGAAAGCAAACCAAAAGAAGAAGAGGAGCAUUCCAUGUCGUCCGAGCUGAUCGGUUUAAUAGCGGUCCUAUGUGCGUGUUUCUCCAGUGGGUUUGCAGGUGUCUACUUUGAGAAGAUCCUGAAAGGCACGAAGCAAUCAUUAUGGCUCAGGAAUAUACAACUAGCAUUCUUUGGAGUAAUCUUCGGUCUAGGGGGUGUUAUAGGAAAAGACGGUUCCAAGGUCGCGGAGAACGGUUUUCUUCAAGGCUACUGUAUGAUUACAUGGAGUGUAGUUAUUUUACAGGCACUUGGUGGCCUCAUCAUAGCAGCUGUUAUCAAGUAUGCAGACAAUAUAUUGAAAGGAUUCGCCACAUCAUUAUCGAUCAUCUUAUCCACCGUAAUCUCCUAUUAUCUGCUGAAUGAUUUUACACCGACGAGCUAUUUUUUCAUUGGGGCUGCAUUCGUCAUUUCAGCAACGUUUCUCUACGGCUACGUCCCCAAGGUAACAACGGAUCCCACGGUAUCGAGCGUUGUUUAGUUGUGAGCAUCGCCUUCAAAACGUUAAAUCAAAGAGUAAAAAGUCGUAAUCACCAGCUGGAAGACGUUUUUGAAACAUCAUUGUGCAGCUGUUAUCAUUUUACCAUGACUGUUUCAGUCUAUUUAAAAGUGUUCAAUCCAGCCUUGUGCAAAUAUAUAUAUUGUAAAUGUCAAAUAUGUUUGGAACGUUAAAGUGUGGAAGCGUUCAAUCAAACAUUCAGGAUAGUCUGAACAGUUUGUGGGUGAUCUGCACAUAUUUUUAUCUACUUCAAAAGCCUUUUGUACAUAUUAUAUUCAGAGUUAACUAUACUUUUACAUUCAUGUAUUUAGAAUCAAAAAGACUUGUGGUAUUGUAAUGCAAGGUCUGGAAGUUCCAGAAUAUAGACUACUAGUAUGCAGUAACUCUUCUUUUUUGAAUGCCCAUCAUUUAUGUUGAAAAAUCAAACAGAGUCUGUUCUUCUAGACUAGCAUUUAAGUGUAGUCAAGUUGUUAAUUUAAGAUAUUCUAGACCCCUACAUCAGUGUCUUUGAUACAUACUAUUAUAUUUCUUUACUAGUAUAAUUGGGUAGAUUAAGUCCUCUGGCUUAUGAAAUGCCAAGUGUCGACCUCCCUCAUGCAGUAAAGAUUACUAAAACUGUGUAAUUAAAUUAACAAAUGUAUAUCAUA